AAUCAUAUGAAACACGCAAGCAUGAAAUAUACUAUUUAUAUAAAAUAUAAUAACUAUUAUAUAAUGUUCACGUCAUGUUGUUUAUUUUAUGCAAUACUUAAAAAAUAUUAUGUUAUGUAAAGUACAAAGACAUUACAGAAGAAAAAAAUCAUAUAAGUUGAGACAAAUCUAAUCAACUUGUCGACAUCAGCUCAGACAUCAAGUUGUCUCUUUUUAUUUUGGAAAAAUUCCCCUCAAUAAGCUCAACUUAGUCGAGUGGAUUAGGCUUCCUUUUGAGUGUUUUAUCAUAUUUUUGAAUUUUAUAUUGAAAAGGUAUAUACUAUUAGAAAAGAGAAUGGAGAAACACCACAAAACUAGCGACAUCCAAGGUCACUCAUUCGCCAAAAUUUCUAAAGUUGCCACAAAAGGCACAAAACUUUCCACUAAAAGAAAUGUUACAACCGCUUUCAAUUCCCUCACCCUAAAUAAUGAACAAAAAAAGAUCCAAACACUAGUUAAUCAUUUCGAUUGCCGACCUUCACUUAAAAAAUAUGAAUAUCCUUCCUUAUGCUUUUCAUGGUCAUUUUCCCUUCUCUUUGACUCUUGUGGAAACUCUUAGAACAAUAUCAAAUUUUGUUUAACCCAAAAAGAUAAAGACAAACAUUAUCUGAGCCACGAACUCAAUUGAUUCAUAAAAAUUUCAUAUGUAUCGAGGAAGUAACGAUCAAAUCCAGGUGAUGAUCAUCUAGUGAAAAAAAUUACAAAAAUGGGGGUGCCACAAACCAUUGAUGUUGGUUCUCAUGUAUGGCUUGAAGAUUCUGAACUUGCUUGGGUAGAUGGAAUUGUGUUUAGCGUCACAGGACAUGAUGUUGAAGUUCAAACUAGUGAUGGAAGAACUGUUGUGGCAAAGUUCUCAGCAUUACAUCCUCGGGAUGCGGAAUCUCGAGCUGGGGGAGUUGAUGACAUGACUAACCUCCAUUACUUGAAUGAGGCUGAAGUCCUACAUAAUUUAGCAACAAGAUUUCAGAUAGAUGAAAUAUAUACUUACACGGGCAAUAUUCUUAUUGCUGUCAAUCCAUUUCAAGCCCUUCCACAUUUAUAUGAACCUGCGGUGAUGGAACGACAUAAAGGAGCAAAAAUGGGAGAGCAGACCCCUCAUGUUUUCACCAUUGCUGAUAUUGCAUACAGGGCAAUGAUUACUGAAGGUAAAAGCAAUUCGAUUCUUGUUAGUGGUGAAAGUGGAGCAGGAAAAACUGAGACAACUAAGAAUCUAAUGUGUUACCUUGCCUAUCUUGGGGGAAAUUCUGCUGCAGAAGGACAGACUAUUGAACAACAAGUUCUAGAAUCAAAUCCAGUUCUUGAAGCGUUCGGCAAUGCAAAAACAGCUAGAAACAACAAUUCUAGUCGUUUUGGGAAAUUUGUUGAGAUUCAAUUCGACAAUGUCGGAAAAAUUUCUGGGGCUGCAAUCAGAACGUAUCUUCUUGAGAGGUCACGUGUAUGCCAAAUUUCAGAUCCUGAGCGUAACUACCACUGCUUUUACCUUUUAUGUGCAGCACCAAAAGAGGAGAUAGAGAAGUACAAGCUGGGAGAUCCAAAAUCAUUCCAUUAUCUUAACCAAUCCAAUUGUUAUCAAUUGGUUGGUGUGAACGAUGCAAACAAUUAUCUAGCCACUAGGCGAGCCAUGGAUGUUGUUGGGAUAAGCGAGGAGGAACAAGAAGCCAUUUUUAGAGUUGUCGCUGCUAUUCUUCACUUGGGUAAUAUAGAUUUUGGAAAUAAUGAAGGAGACCAUGAAUCAUCGGUCUUAAAAGAUGAUGAUUCCAAAUUUCAUCUUGACAUGACUGCACAGCUCCUCAGGUGUGAUCCUGAAUCGCUGGAAGAUGCAUUGUGUAAGCGCAAAAUGAUAACGCCAGAUGAUGUUAUCAAGAAGAGUCUUGAUAUUAGUGGUGCUAUAAUUAGCCGGGAUGGUUUAGCAAAGACUAUAUAUUCUCGCUUAUUUGAUUGGUUGGUCGACAAAAUAAAUGUGUCCAUUGGCCAAGAUCCUAAGUCCAAGUGUCUGAUAGGGGUUCUUGAUAUUUAUGGCUUCGAGAGUUUUGAAUCUAAUAGUUUUGAACAGUUGUGCAUCAACUAUACUAAUGAAAAGCUACAACAACAUUUCAACCAGCAUGUAUUCAAGUCAGAACAAGCAGAGUACACAAAGGAGGAAAUUGAUUGGAGAUACAUUGAAUUUGUUGACAAUCAAGAUGUUCUCAGUCUUAUUGAGAAGAAAACUGGCGGGAUAAUUGCUUUACUUGAUGAGGCAUGCCUAGUACCAAAAUCAACUCAUGAGACAUUUGCGCAAAAGCUGUAUCAAACAUUUAAAGAUCACAAACGAUUCAUAAAGCCAAAGUUGGCUCGAUCCGAGUUCGCCAUUGUUCAUUAUGCAGGAGAAGUACUCUAUCAAUCCGAACAAUUUUUGGACAAGAACAAAGACUACGUUGUUCCUGAACACCAAAACCUGUUGAGUGCUUCACAAUGCUCUUUCAUACAACGUCUAUUUCCUUCCUUAUCAGAGGAGACCAGCAAACCAUCCAAGUUCUCAUCUAUUGGUUCUCGGUUUAAGCUCCAAUUGCAACAGUUGAUGGAGAUUUUGAACUCGACAGAUCCUCACUUUAUUAGAUGUGUGAAGCCAAAUCAUGUCUUAAAGCCCUCAAUCUUUGAGAAUCUUUAUGUCAUGCAACAACUACGUUCUGGUGGAGUUCUAGAGGCAAUUCGAAUCAAAUGUGCUGGAUAUCCUGCUCAUAAGACCUUUGAGGAGUUCUUAAAUCGAUAUAAUAUAAUUGCCCCAGAGGUUUUGACCAGAAGUUAUGAAGAAAAGGUAGCAUGCAAAUGGAUAUUAGAAAAGUCAGAGAUUACUCAAUAUCAGAUGGGGAUAACACGAGUAUUCUUAAAAGGAAAUCAGAUGGCAGAGUUAGAUGCUCAAAGGGCAAGAAUUUUACGAAACUCAGCCUCGGUCAUUCAAAGACGAGUUAGAACACGUUCAACACGUAAGAAAUAUGUUCUCAUGCGCCAAUCUUCUAUUCACAUACAAUCUCAGUGGAGAGGAUACCAUGCUCGAAAGUCCUACAAAGAAAUGAGAAAGGAGGUUGCUGCUGGUAAAAUCCAGAAGAAUUUGCGGAGGCAAGUAGCUAGGAGAACAUACACGAAUAUGAGGUCUUCUGCAGUUAUACUACAGUCUGCUUUACGAGCUAUGGCUGCUCGAGAGUACUUCUAUAAUAAAUUGGUAACCAAGUCAGCAACCAGGAUCCAGGCUGUUUGGCGCCGUCGUAAAGCCGUUCUAAACUAUGUGGAACUCCAAAAAAUUAAUUCCGAAAGAGCUGCUCUAGCUCAACAAUCUCCUGUAGGGACUUCAAAAAGCAUGCUUGUUGAAACAGAACAAGUCAUUCAUGAACAUGGACAAGAUAAUGGAGUUGGAGAGAACAAAUCAUAUACUGUAGUUGUAGAGCCUGCAACUUCUCAUGAAGGUUCUGAUGGUGAAAGAGAUAAUUCUAAUGUCGAAAAUUGGAAGUUCUUGCUUUGGGCAGAGAAGCAACGAGCAGAUAAUGCAGAAAGAAAAUACGAGGAAUCUGUGGAAUUGUGCGAGAGAAGGCGUGUCAAAUUAGAAGAAACAGAAUUCAGGGUUUACCAACUUCAAGCCUCUUUCAACAGGAUGUUAAAUUCCAUAUCAGAACAAUUCACAGAGCUGAAAGAGCUAUUGAAUCAUUCUAACAACUCUGCGUCUACUUCAGGAAGCAAUGCUCCUGCAUCUAAGUUUGCUGCUCUCAGAAACCGAAAUGCGUUCAGGGCUAUAGUGCAAACUCUUACAGAGACAGAAGGCAUAGGACCAGGGAAGGCCAAGAAAAAGGACGGAGCAUUUGAUGACUACUUUUGAUGAAACACAAUUUUGGUCAAAGAUAUCAACGAGAAGUUAUUUGACGUUACUCACUAGUUUAGUGUCGUACAUUGAGAUUUCAAUAGUAUUUAGGUGAUCUUGCCAAAUAGAUGGACAUAACUUUUAUCAUGACUCGUGGCUAACAUAGAGUACAGUCUAAUUAAAAAACUGUACAAAGAAUUUUGUGAGAAAUCAAUAUAUAUCAAUAUGCAAUAAUCAGAUUACAGUACUGUGAAUCAUUCCUUUCUUCCUUGUGUACUUUUUCUGGCUAAAAUAUAGUAAAUGGCGUGAUCUGCACUCUUCUCCAUAAAAUGUGAAGGGAACCCUCAAUUGUAUCGAGGAAUGUGUAUGAGUUGCAACGACCAUGAGAAAGUAUACUUGGCGGGUGGUCCAGAACAUGGCAAAUUUAGCAGCCCUCUUAGCUUCGAUGAAUAUGUGUUGAAUGCGUCCCUAUCCCACUAGGUAAGAUACUCUACAUAACGCUUAUACAUAUCUAUAUAUUUUUCAAGAUUGUGACUUGAAUCUUUAUUUUCUAGUAAUGGUCAGAAUAAGGAAAGUGCCUACUCUAGUCUCAACAACUGAUCAAACUCUUCUAACAAACAACAUCCCUAAUGCGAUACAUUCUAGUAUGAUUGAUUGUAUGUGGAUUUUGAAAAGUAUCAUUAAGAUACAAUGAAAUGUUUGGAAGUAUGCUUAUCAUGGCUGUUGUGUGAAGUAACUUUUGUUUUUGCUUUUCUUUGGUAUUGUAUGGUUUCGUGGGUUGGAUGAAGUUGUACAUCUCAAAAAUUGUAGGGAAGGUACCUUAUAGAAAUAUAUAUAUAUUUUUUAUUUUUAGUUAAAGAAUAAAUACAAAGAGUCUAAGAUCUUACUAUAGAUUUCUUUCUUGUAUUAUUAGACAUACAUAUGUAAUACAAAUGGCAAGCAGGGGAGGAAUGAGGAUUUGAUGAUAUGGGUUCAAAGAUUUUUUUCUAUAGGUAAUUUUCAUUUUCUUCAAUCUCACAUGUUUAACAAAAUAUGCCAUAGAAAACAACCAAUCCAACAUUCCCUUCUACUCCAACAAAUUACCACUAGUUAUUCAACAACCAUUGUGAAAAAAUCCAAACUUCUCCAACUAACUACCAUCAACACUUAGUUUAACAUUAGAGCCAAAUCACUAGCUAGAGCAAGCUUUCCCAAGACAAGAUAAGUUAGAUCUUGACUACAUAUAACCUUCAUAACCUCCCAGCUUUGUGCAGAGCCUCCAAAACCUUGUUGCAUUAUUCCAAACAAAUAUGCCUAAUUAACCAUGUCCCAAGAAACCCACAGAUCUUUCUCAUUGCACCUCCUCAUGCCACAACAUGUAUUUCUACUUCAAGCCUUCUUUCCCAUCUAGAGAAAUCAAAACAGAAACCCACAUUCGAACAUACACCAGGAGCAAGAGAUUGACCAUAAUGAUGAAACGUGAAAAUAUUUAUUAUAGAACCAUAUAUUGUGACUCAAAGUACGUACCUUUCCCAUCAUUAUCUUCAUAAUACACUUAAUGAUUGAUAUGCUUACUUCAAAUGCAUUCUGGAAACCCUUGGAUUGCUUAUAUACGAUUGAUGUGCUAUUGGUAGCGUAUUGUGCAAUUUCAAGGAAAAGCAGCCUAUUGGGCCACUUGGAAUCCGUAAGGGACAUCGAGGCCAAGUUGUUGAAGCAAGGAUUCAAAGACCGGACGUAAAGGAAAAAAGGCAUCCACGACACCGUUUUAGUGAAGAUAAAAGGCAGCCAUGAUGUCAUUUUUAGAGAGUCGUUCACCUCGUCAGGAAGUUAUCCCGGAGCAUCCUGAUUCGCUGGCCACAUGUUUGGAGCUGUUCGAUUGACUAUGAAUCCCUUGAAAAUUUUAUCCUCAAUUCAGCAAAUUGGGAAUUCCCAUCCUAAUUUUCACGGUUUGCCUCAUGCCCGUGAGGCGCCCUAUGAGAAGGACGAGAUGAUCCUCCAAAUCCAGUCACUUGUGUAUUAUGUGUCCAGGGAAGAAUUUUUUGUGUGCAUAUGCGCAUAUAAUUCAAAUCUCGAAUAAUGUCACACCCUAAGAAAAUACAAAGUUCGUCAUACUUUGAAUUGCUAGUCUGUGCGUUAAUAUGUGAUCUAAGGGAGGCUAGUGUAGGGAUUAUGAAGGAUGUCCUUGUCACGAAACUUGGAUCCAUCUUGAAAUAAAAACAUAUGGAGUGGUGCUUCCCAAAGCAGUCAAAAUCCGGAUUUUAUCUAAAAUCGAAAACUGGGGUAAAAUCGGAAUCGUUAAAUCGAAUCGUAGAAUCCUAGGAUUUUAAGUACCACAUAGAAAUUAACAUAUAAUAAUAUUAAUAAGGUAAAUCAUUAAUAACACAAAGACAUAUAACAUUUAAAGUGAUAAUUUUCAAGAUUAAUGUUCCAAAAUCAUCAUUUUAAUUGUUAUUUAAUGCGUAACUCAAAAUAAUUUAUGAGGAACAGAUAGAGCUCAUGGGGUUUGGCUCUUGUUUUUCAUGUUGUGUCUAGGUAGUUUAACUCAAAGUAGUAUUUCGACAUCGUCUACUAAGUAUGAUUUAAAACUAAGAAUAAGUGAACUCCAAUAAGAAUUUUAAUGUCAUUGGUUUGUUACAAAUAUAUUCAUUAAUAAAUUAAUUUGUUAAUAAUGAUAUUAAUUCUUUCGUACUUACAAUAUUAUGACAACUAUUUUACCGAUGAGUUAAAUAACAGGAAGGGAGAGUGGUUGACCGAACCCUAAUUAGGUUAUUUUAUCUUUUCAAAUGUUCUUUUAAUAGGAAAAAUAUAUGAGAAGAUCCCCAUAAUUUCCCUUUCCACCGAAACAGUUCUGCUUCUUUGAAUUGGCUCAAACUACCUAUUUUGUUCACAUAGGAUCAAAAUCUCGAUUUUGAUACGAUUUUAACGAUUUUAAUCCCGAUUUUGGACGAUUUUAAGGUCCACCAAUUUUAUAUUAAAAUCAGGAUCGGAAUCCCUAAGUAAAAUCCUAAAAUCCUAAGAUUUUACGAUCAAAAUCCCGAUUUUGACUGCACUAGUGCUUCCUACCAUUCCUUGUGAGUUCUCGAACUCCUCCUCAUAGGAAGGAGUCUUCUGCAUUUAAAGAAAAUAUGGGGUCAAUAUUUAUCUUUGUAAAAUCGAUCUCCUACCACUUAUAGUCUACUUCAAUAGACGAUGCUAUCACAAAUAAAGUGUGUGGUAAAAUCCAAGUGUGAGGCGUCCUUCCCAUGGAAAACAAUUGGUUUUGGAAGAGAUACUAGUUCAGUCUUGGUGGGGUAGGUCUAUGAGAUGAUGCUAGUUCCUCUAUCGUACAAGUAAAAUUUCCACCAGUAUGAUAGGAUUGCCAAUUUUUGGAUGUGUUUUCGAUGGCGCAGAUAAAGCUUCUGACACCCCUUGACUUCAUUGACCCUCCGCACAAUCGAGGAAAAGGAGCAAGCGCUUUUGCUUGAUCAUGCUUGCUAAGUACAAAAGUACAAGGCGCAAACCUCCUUCUGCAUAUAAAGAAGCACAAAAAAUGCAAUGUGGCACGACAAGAUCACCUUAAUAUGAAAAAUAUCAAAAUGACUUCAGUGGGCAAAAAUGAAAAUACUUCCUAAUAAAGAUUCAUAGGCUUCACCUUAAUAUUUGUAAAACAAGACUCGAGAAAAAAAAAAAGAACUUCAUCUCGUGAAAAGCGAAUCAUUUUCCUCUUAAGAGGUAGCUUUGAGCAUCAUUGCCAAGAUCGAAGGUUUCUAAGUGCAAUGGUUAACCUUGUAAGCUUCUUAUGAUCCGCUAUCUAAGAUUGGAAGUCACGUGUCAUCGUGAAGAUCUAGUAAGGAGAAGGAUGUUGAGCCUAGGUUUUUCUUAGGAACAAGCAAAGAUCAAGUGUUGGGUUAUUUGAUGAUAUGUGGAAAUAUCUAUUAUGGACCCCGGAUUGUGACUCAAAGUGCAUACAUAUUUCCAUCACUAUCGUCAUAAUACAUUGAAUUAUUGCUA